AUGGCGCGCGUUCCCUUCAUCGGGCGACUCCUGUGGUUUGAGUAUCUGGCGCUUUUUGCAUCUCUGCUACUCGUUCUCUUCGAGACUAUCAUUCAUUUGAUCACAUUCUGCCUGCCGUUGCCCAUCAUUCAUUUUUGCUACGAGCAGUCCAAGGCCCUAUUCAACAGAUUUGUAUCAACCGAGCCCCGUGGCAAACGGACCAAAGAGGAGAAAUUUGCGGCCGCGAUAGCCGAGGCUUCAGAUUUUACCGAAAUAUGCUCACUUUUCGGGUAUGAAGCCGAAGAGCACAUCGUCCAGACUGGCGAUGGGUAUCUCCUUGGACUACACCGGUUAGCCUAUCGAAAAGGCGAAGAGAAAACAAAGGUCAACCAAGGAGCUGGAGGAAUCAGCAAAAAGGUCGUCUAUCUGCACCACGGCUUGCUCAUGUGCAGUGAAGUAUGGGUUGCCCUGACCGAUGAGCAAAGGUGUCUGCCAUUCCGGCUCGUGGAGCAGGGAUAUGAUGUGUGGCUGGGCAACAAUCGCGGUAAUAAAUAUGCCAAGAAGUGUGUACGGUUCUCACCGGGCUCUAAUGAGUUUUGGGACUUCUCGAUCGAUCAAUUCGCCUUUCACGAUAUCCCCGACAGUAUCGAGUACAUUCUCGGAGUUACUGGCCAGCCAUCUUUGUCGUACAUUGGUUUUUCACAAGGCACUGCUCAGGCUUUUGCCACCUUGUCCAUUCAUCCAUUGCUCAACCAGAAAGUCGAUGUCUUUGUGGCGCUCGCACCGGCCAUGGCCCCCUCGGGCUUGCGCAAUCGGAUCGUGGACUCACUCAUGAAAGCAUCGCCGAAUUUCCUGUUCCUGCUCUUUGGGCGACGCAGUAUCCUGUCAUCAACCACCAUGUGGCAAACCAUUUUCUAUCCACCGAUCUAUGUGCGGAUCAUUGACAUGGCUCUCUCAGCCUUGUUCAAUUGGAAAUGCCGCAACAUCAGCCGGACGCAAAAGUUAGCCGCUUAUGUACAUCUUUACUCUUUCACGAGCACCAAAUCCGUCGUGCACUGGUUCCAAAUCAUUCGCAACAAGAACUUCCAAUUCUACGACGACGAGACCCAUACGCCUUUCAGCGUCGUCGCAAGCGAGCGAUUUUACAAGCCCGUGAAAUAUCCCACGCGAAACAUCAAGACUCCAAUCGUCCUACUCUACGGAGAUAGCGACAGUCUCGUCGACAUCAACGUGAUGCUCCAGGGUCUUCCUCGCGAGACCGUCGCCAAGGCGAUUCCCAAGUACGAACAUCUUGAUUUCCUGUGGGCCUCGGAUGUCGACCGUCAAGUAUUCGGACAUGUCUUUGAGGCGUUAGAAAAGUAUAGUCAAGGUGCUAUUGACCCGAGCGAGCCGGCUCUGCUCGAGACGCGUCAAGACGGCCGCUUUGCUAUCGAAUGUCGAGGCUCAAAUACAUCUGCACCUCGGCUUCGCUCAAAGGAGUCCAUGUUCACGGGGGCGACAUGA